UAUUACCUCUUCUUAACACCAUCGAGCUCCUCGUCGCGACGAGGACGAAAAGCACGUCGUUCACAACGAAUAGCAACGGUCAUCGUGAGAUGGGAAAUACUGCAUCAAACGCCAAUCAAAGCUCGCGUUCGCCGGUACCAAGCAGACGAAUUGAUUCAUCUGCGCGUCGACAAGCCCCAUCACAUUCCCCGUCACCCAACCCCCAUCAACCACAUCGAUCAUUACGGACAAAGAAAAAAUCACUCGAGCUACCAGAUCUUGCUUCUCUUUCACUGACACCAGCAGCAUCGUACCACAACUCUGGAAAUUCCUCCCCCUUAUCACCCUACCGUCGGCCACUGAGAACAACUUCUCCAAUCCCGAUUCCAAAUCCUGCCUAUAACAAUGGAACUAUGAAUAAUGCUUCAAAUACGGGCACUUCCCCUCGUGGGCGUCAGCCAAAUUUGAAAGCAACCGCAAAGAGAGAUACCGAUACGGGCAACUAUUCGGCAGAACUACUCUUGGAUCACCCCCCAUCCACCCAUAUCCCGGUGCCUCAUCAACGCACCCGGGGUAGCCCUUACUUCAGAGGUGCACCUUUGCGGUAUAACUCCACUCACUCUUUUGCAUCGCGCGGUCAGUCCGCUCAACCUCGUAUGCAAGAGCUCUAUGCCGAAAGUGAGAUUGAGGCAUCUGCGCAACCCCGUUCAUCUGGUUUUGUUCAGGAGACCGUGCAUUCAACCAUACCACUCGCGCUUCACAAAGCGGAGGAGAUCGCCAAAUCGGAAGAUCCUGACCCCGACGGGGAGAACGGCCAGCUGAUGAAACGACCAAAUCAAACACAUGAGGAACAAAAAGAACCCGUCUCCGUGAAGAUUACAUGGAAUGGUGGUGGGAAAAGCGUGUUCUUAGUUCGUGCUGGAGAUGAUAAUUGGAAAGGGCGACUAACUAUGGAGCCUGAUGAUCCAUCGAGCGAUAGAUCGUGGUCGGCAUGGGUACCGCUCAUGCCCGGUACUCAUCAUAUUCGAUUCAUCGUCGAUGACCAAUGGCGGAUAGCAGAUGACUUGCCUAAGGCUGUUGAUGAUGAGGGUACUCUUGCCAAUUAUGUUGCCGUUCCUAUCUCCGGCUUGACUCCACCUUACGUGUCCUCUGUUGCCCCUGCUACACCGGCAGGGCGCAAUCCACCCCCUCAUGCCCACUCCUUCUGGUCAUCAACAAGCUCUACGCACGGUUCAGUUACGGAUAUAUCUUCAAGCGCAGAUCCCAAGGGUACGCGUGCAAGGUGGACGGAUGAUAUUCCCGCAGGGCUCAAAGCAGCUGCUCAGGAGGAAGAAGCCUAUCUAGCAUAUACUGCUGGUCCCGAAUACGACCAGGCUCCCAGCCAACAUGUCCCCACUCCCAACAUUCCACCUGCCCCUGGACUGCCACGGCAUCUUGAUAAACUGAUACUGAAUGCGAAACCAGGGCAGCCUCCAGCAGGGAACAGGGGCCGGGAACGAGAGCGGGAACGCGAACGUGAAAGGGAGCGUGAAAACAGACGGCGACAGGGACGAUCCCUCUUGGGAAUGACGAGCACCGUUGCUCGUGAGCUUCACAAGGAGGACAGGGCUACAGAGUUGGAUGCUCCUGCGAUUCCCAUUACUACGGCAAGCGGCACGGAUGUGACCAGCGCACAUUUGGCAGCUCCUGCGCAUACUCGGUUAGGUCUUGGUGGACCUGGGCUUAGCGAUGAUGCUAGCGUCCUACCUGUUCCAUCUCAUGUUGUCUUACAUCACUUGUGUACCAGUGCAAUUCGCAAUGGUGUCCUGGCCGUCGGUAGCACCACACGAUAUCGCACGAAGUAUCUCACGACCAUCUAUUAUAAACCUACAUGAUGAUUUUACGAUUUAUCUUGCCUUUCCGGCGGAUGCCUUUGAUUCGGUGGCACAACGAUUCGACAAUUUAUAGAACCGACGUGCUAUCUCGAUAGCCCUCUUUUGUCGAGACGCCGUCGUACACAGUCGCUGAUCCAUU